GAUAUCACAUAACUACCGCUGAGACCGCCUUCUUCAAGUGACACUCUGGUCCACACACAGAACGGCACACGGAAGCGACCAAAGUUAUACAUAAAUAAUGGCAGAACUCCACGACUCCAGGAAGUGGGCCCGCAGCUUGCCACAGCGUAAGGGGCCGUGGUGAUUUACAGCCAAUGUGAGUUGAGCGUGGACAAUUAGACCCGUAAAAAUGAUUGUUUAAAAAAAUAAUGAUAGAAUAUAGUAUUGUCAUCAGUGUGACAUACCUAUACCAAGUUUGCAGUCGAUACGACAUUGGGAAGACGGGUGAAAUUGAGUUACAAGAUUUGAGGAUACGACAACACACAGAGUAAGUGAAAUAAAAGCGUGUAAAAUGUAAAAAUAUAUAUGUUUUGGAUUUUUUAUGAUAGAAUAUAGUCUUGUCAUCAGUAUGACAAAGGUAUUUAAAGUUUGCAGUCGAUAGCACAUUGGGAAGUGGGUAAAAAUUGAGUUAUAAUAUUUUUUGAGGAUACGACAACAGACAGAGCGAGUAAAAUAAAAGCGUGUAAAAUAGUUUUUGUUGGGUCAGAUCGCGUAAAUAUGUGUCGUUAAACCCGCCACCACCCGACACAGCCAAUUAGAAAAAGGUUUGUCACCUAAACAGUACGUGCCAAUUAGUUACUAGUUCGGCACAAAGGUUGUGUUGGAGAGUAAACCCACAACAUUUACAAUUCUAGUAAUUAGUAAUUACAACCAGGAGUUGUGGAGGAAUCCUUCAGCUUCGUUCUGACGCAGACGGGGGAUUAAGGCGAUGACGCAGAAGUGGACAUGACAGAGCUACAUCCGAGAUCCCCUUAUUCAAUUAGGGGCCGUCCAUAAAUGACGUCACGCGAUUUUGGACAAGUUUUGACCCCAAAUGUCUGACCCCCCCCCCCCAGGUGCGUGACGUCAUUUAUGGACAGGGGGUAGCACUUUGAGACAGGUUACGUUAACCAAUUACCUACUUUUACCAAUAAUCAACUAAGGAACGUAUCCAUACAGCACUGUGCUGAUAAAAUUUUCCUCGAUUCAUAGUUAGCACUCGAUCCAUAGUUAGCACUCGAUCCAACAAUCGAUUAUUUUACCAUAGCAACGCAUGUGGAAUCGUCUGGCGGUUUACACUACGAAUCAAGAAAAUCGAUUACAAUCAUCCGACUCCCCGCACACGAAUCAAAAGCGAGGAUCUGUACACGAGGAAUCGAUUUGCGAUUCUCAGCUCGAUUCAUUGCGCUGACAAUCUUCCGUGGGGGACGCGCGAUGCGAUCCGUAGACCGUAACAUCGAUUCACAUUUAUCGAUUCCGAUUCCGUUCAACUCGGUGCUCUAUGCAGAAUCGUGAGUUCGAUUUAAUUGGUCGAGCCGAUUUCGAUUCUGACAGUCGCCGCACACGUGGGUACACAAGCGACAUCGCGUCUCCUCCCGUGUCCCCGUGAGUCCCCCGUGUCCCCGACUUGUCUCCGGAGUCCCACGGUGUCUCCCCGUCGUGUCCUUCUGUGUCUCCGUCUCUACCCCCACCCCCCCGUGUCUUUACGGCAACGUACGGUGUAAAAGAAGUUCGACAUUCGUACGUGACCCCUGCGUUUCUGUGUUUCCAGUGUCCACGUGUCUCCCUCCGUGUCUGUGGUGACCCCCCCCGUGACCCCCCACUGUGACCCCCUCCCCCCUGUGCCCCACACCCCCCCCCCCGGCCAUGUCGUUCCGCUGGGGGCUCGUGAACGGCGCGGGCUUCUCGCUCUCUGGCCUGGCGCUGCUCGAGUUGUGGCUGCGGCGUCGCAAGCAGCAGCAGGGGGCGGACACGACUCAUCCCCCCCCCGAGGGGGGAGGGUCCCCGCUGGAGCGCUGGGGGCUGCCGGACCGCGGCGCGAGCCCCCGCGUCUACGCGCACCACGCACUCUCGUACGACCGGGCGCGGCGCGGCCCGGCCUGGGUGGCCGAGCACCUCACUCUGGCCUGCUUCAGCGGCGACGCCAACCGCAAGCACUGCCACUUCCACCCCGACCCGGGCAUCGAGCCCCGGUUCUCCGCCUCGGACUCGGACUUCCGGGACAGCGGGUGGUCGCGCGGCCACAUGGCCCCGGCCGAGGACAACAAGUUCAGCCAGGAGGCCAUGAAUCAGACGUUCUACUUCUCCAACAUCGUGCCCCAGGAUAUCUCCAACAACGAGGGCAUCUGGCGAAGCCUGGAGUCGCUGUGUGAGCAGCUGACGGCGCUCUACGCCGACGUGUGGGUGGUGACGGGGCCUCUCGCGCUGGCCCAAGACAGUGGCGCUGGCAGCGGUGGCGGGCAGAGCAAGAGACUUGUCAGCUACGAGGUGAUCGGCGCAAACGAGGUGGCGGUGCCGACCCACCUGUACAAGGUCAUCGUGGCUCAGGGUACGACCGGCGGCGAUGGCGGCGCUGACCGUGGUACCGAAGAUAUUGGCGGCGCCGAAGACGGCGGUGGCACCACCGCGGAGGGCGCCACCGCGGAGGGCGCGGUGCUAGCGGCGUUCGUGAUCCCCAACGCGCCGGUGCCGCAGGGGACGCCGCUCGGCUCCUUCCAAGUGCAGCUGGAGCAGCUGGAGCGCUGGGCCGGCGUCACCUUCUUCCCGCGGCUCGACCGCCAAUCUUGCCGGGACCUGUGCCGCGUGGAGUCGUGCGGCGCCGGUGCCGGCACGAAGGCCGAGAUGCAAGCGGGGCCGGCGAGCGUGGGAGGUGGUGCACGCUAUGGGGCGUAGCGGGUGGGGUGGACAGGUACGGGGAGCGCCGCCGGGCCGAGACCACGGACCCGCGGAGCUGUAGAACCCAGCUGAAUCCCAAACCAGCGUGUGCGACAUCACGGGACCUCCUUUGCCAGUAUUAGAUUAUGAUAAUAGGUUUUUCACUUUUCUGGCAAUACUAAAAGAGGUGUGAAGAUGUUAAAACACCAAACUGAAACCUUUGCAAGGAAUCAUGUCUGCAUUAAGCACACAUACUUGUGGUGAACAUGCAAACAAAAAAACAUGCUCUGACAGUCUAUGGUGCAUUGUCUUUGAAACUGAUUGGUCCACAUCAGAGACGGCUUUCUUUAGAGCCUCGUCUCACUAACAGUGUUAGACCAGAGGAUGCCACAAGGCGACCAGCACAAGGACAACGCACUAUCAGGACAUGGAGAGCUCUAUCAUGGGACCUCCUUUGCCAGUAUUAAAUAAUGAUAAUCGGAUUUGAAGCUUUCGUUCUUUAGUUUUUUCGGUAAAGUCACGUAGGUAAAAAAUAAAAUAAAUGAAAAUAACUAAAUUAAAUCACCGAUUUAAUUGAGUUUUCAUUUAUUUUAUUAGAUUUUUUACCUACGUGACUUUACCGAAUAAAACCAAUGAGAAUGAUAAUCGGGUUUUCCCUUUUUUGGCAAUAAAACAGUUGUGUUAAGAUGGCGUCCUCUGGCCUAACACUGUUAGUGAGACUAGGCUCGAAAGAAAGCUGUCUCUGGUGUAGACCAAUUAGCUUCAAAGACAAUGCAAAAACUCGUUGGUUCUUUCGGUAAAGUCACGUAGAAAGAGAAAAUAAUAAAUUAAAUAAUACCACACGACGUUUCGAUUGCAACACAAGCAAUCAUCAUCAGGUACAAAUGAAAGAGAAAACAAACCUAGUAAACUUAGAAAUAUAAUUCAAUACAACACAGAUAGUCGGUUAACAUAACAGUCAACACCCUACCUGGUUGAUUACGUUCUUCCAAAGAUUGCUAAAUUUAAGAGAGAUAAAACACAAAGUUUUUACAAUGCACAUACUGUCAGAGCAUUUUUUUCAACGGUUUUAUUCAACGGGUUUACUUGACUCCUAUGUGUGUCGUGGUCAAAUCUUGUAAUCAAAAGUUAGUCUACUCCCUGUUGCCCAAUCAAUUCCACAUUUUGCACACGUACUCAGAUCCGGUGACAAUGCAUGCCUGGAUCAAAAUCGGAAUCAAUUAAUCAAUUGGCUCUUUUAAAGCAAUUAACAUUUUGUAUGGACGGCUUAUUAAUUAAAUAUUUAUUUGUCUAGGUCAAAAAUGCCGUGGUUCCUAAACUCUGGAAUCGCCUCGCCCAAGAAGCAGGCGCCACGUGUCCCUUGCCAUCAAGACGUCAACAACUUCCCGUUGUCCAAUCGAGUUAUUUACGUAUUAGUGCACUUUAAAAUAAAACCGUUGUUUUUAUGUCUACCACAAGUCUAUGUGGUUAAUGCAGAGAUGAUUCCUUGCAAAGGAUUCAGUUUGGUGUUUUAUUAUUACUAGAAAAGGGAAAAGCCUAUUAUCAGCGUGUGCGAGUUUACAAUGACUCUUAAUGAGUCUGCUACGGAACGCUACGAAUCUUAUGUGGGUCUCUUCGUAGGUCUAUGGGGUUCUAUGGCACGAGGUGGACCCAUCGUCACACGGUGGACACUUGAGAGAUCAAUUUAAUCAGAAGCUGGUUUGUGGAUGUCCGAGAGUCGAUGGGUCCCUAUGCCACGCGAGAGCCUAUGGGUCUUCUAUCGGAGUCUAGAGGGGCGGUCUGCUCAUUACACCUGAGAACACGAUGCACAUCCGUGGUUGGCGCCGAUUCUCAGCGGUGCCAGCUCCACGUCUCAGACCCGAGCCCCCAGGCCUCCUCUCUCUCCGUGAGCCACGCUUUAACCGCCACACGGCCAUCUAUGACGUGGCUAUCGCACUGCGCUACCGACUCCCUGACCACCCAAUGUAGCCCCUCCCUGCCAUUUUCACCAAUCCACACACCGAACAGAAAUGGUGAAGUAUGGUCAAACAACACCAACUCGACCGACAUCACCCGAGUGGGGGGGGGGGGGGGGGUGAGAGUGGUGGCGGGGAAGGAUGCCUUAAUUCCAGUAGUGGAUUUUACAAAAGGUCUGUAAAUGAUCGUCUUUUUUACUACUUGCCGAGUAUUUAUUUUACUUGUUUAUUAAUAACAGGGUUGCACUUCAGAUGCCGUGAACGUCCGGCCUCAUCCGGUGCUGCUGCUGCUCCAGUGGAGCUGUGGCGGCAAAGCCAACCAGCGCGGUCAGCCUUUGGAUAUACUGGGCUCCGUCGUAGCAACGUGGAAUUACACCACUGGCUGUGGCCCACCAGUAGACACUGCACCCCACAUUUGUGAGCACAGAGGGAGCCUUUGAUGGGCUAUUGUUGUUAUUGUCGUUUUUGCCUCUUGGCAGGCAAGAGACCAGCAUCACGAGGUCGGCCACAAUAACC